CACAUAGCUAGGAGUUAGCUGCGACUCGGAGACCUUAGCGGAGUGAAAAUGGCGAAAACGAGGCUGCAAUCUGUCGCACUGCUCGUCGUCCUCUUCGGAACCCUAGCAGCUCUUUCUCAGGCAAAGAAGUCUCAGGAUUUGAAAGAAGUAACUCAUAAAGUUUACUUUGAUGUUGAGGUUGAUGGAAAACCUUCUGGGCGUAUUGUUAUUGGUCUCUUUGGAAAGGCAGUUCCUAAAACAGCAGAGAACUUUAGAGCAUUGUGCACAGGGGAGAAAGGUACUGGAAAGAGUGGCAAGCCUCUACAUUACAAAGGAAGCGUGUUCCACAGAAUUAUUCCCAGCUUCAUGAUCCAAGGUGGUGACUUUACCCUUGGUGAUGGCCGGGGUGGGGAGUCAAUUUAUGGGGAGAAGUUUGCCGAUGAAAAUUUCAAGCUCAAGCACACCGGCCCAGGCCUUCUGUCAAUGGCAAAUGCUGGUCCUGACACCAAUGGUUCACAAUUCUUCAUCACAACCGUCACAACUAGCUGGUUGGAUGGCCGACAUGUUGUUUUUGGAAAGGUGUUAUCUGGGAUGGAUGUGGUCUACAAGAUUGAAGCAGAAGGAAGGCAGAGUGGUACACCAAAGAGCAGAGUUAUAAUUGCAGACAGUGGUGAACUCCCUCUGUGAGGUUUCUUAGCAGAGAUCUAUUGUCUAGCAUUUCUCAGUACAACUUUAAGUUACUAAUGACUGAACCUUAGAUUUCCAACUAUGCUCCACAUAACAUAUAAUUUUCAACAAUUACUUGCAAUUAGACCUGAUAAAUACAUUUCGUGUUAUUUCA